AUGGACAAUGAGAAUACGCGCGGGUAUGAUACAGCAGACGGCUGUGCCGGGGAUGCAGACGCUCUGGAUAAGUUACGCUGGUGGCAGAAGGCAAGCAUAUAUCAGGUGUUGAUUCAGAGCUUCCAAGACAGUGAUGGCGAUGGUAAGGGGGACAUUCGAGGAUUAGUCGAUCGUCUCGAUUAUUUUGUCGCACUCGGUGUUGAUGUUGUCUGGGUGUCUCCCAUCUAUGAGUCGCCAAUGCAGGACAUGGGGUAUGAUAUAAGCAACUAUCGAAAAGUCAAUCCGAUCUUUGGAACCAUGGAAGAUUUGGAGCUGUUGAUAAAUGAAACACAUGACAGAGGACUGAAAUUGAUCCUCGACAUUGCUUUGAACCACACAGCUACAGAGCAUGAAUGGUUUCAAACGUCAAGACGAGCCCGCAAAGAUCCCAGCCUAGGGAAGAGAGAUUGGUAUUUCUGGAGCGAGGGGAAGCGAGAUGAGUCUGGCAACCGUAUACCUCCAAACAACUGGGAGAGCACGUUCACUGGAUCGACAUGGGAGCUUGACGAAGUGGCGGACGAGUUCUACCUGCAUAUAUUUGGAAAGAACCAGCCUGACCUCAACUGGGAUUGCGAGGAAGUGCGAAAGGAAUUGUACAGUGUGUUGAGGUUCUGGCUGGACAAAGGAGUGGAUGGAUUUCGACUCGACACGAUGAAUCUAGUCUCAAAGACAUCAUCGUUCCCAGAUGCCCCCAUCGCCAAGCCAGGAUCUAUAUGGCAGCCUGCUAAUCAUCUAUUUGCAAACGGCCCCCAUAUCCAUGAAUACUUACAGGAGAUGUACGAAGAGGUCCUUUCUCACUACGACUGUAUGACCUUGGCAGAGAUGUCGUGCGGCGUCUCCCCCGCUGAAGCGGUUCGGUAUACUUCACAGUUCAACUCUCGGCCAGAGCUAAAUUUGAUCAUUCAAUUCCAGCAUGUGGAACUCGACUGCCAUGACGGCGAUAAGUGGAUGCUGAGAGAGUGGGAGCUCCCGGAACUGAAACGAAUCAUCAACGAAUGGCAGGAAACAUUGAUCGACAAUGGCGGCUGGAACACAGUAUGGAUGGAGAAUCAUGAUCAGCCAAGAGGCAUUUCGAGGUUCACGACAAAUAGUCCGCGGUUCCGGGCUUUAUGUGCCAAGAUGCUUGCGCUAUGGCAGUUCACGCUGCAAGGCACCAAUCUGAUCUUCCAGGGACAGGAGUUGGGGAUGAUCAACCCGGGACUAUUCUCGGAAGAACUGAACCGUGAUAUCGAAACAGUCCAAUAUUGGCGAACGUCAGGAAGUGAGGCGCCACAGAAGCUUGAGCUGGCCAAGAAGGCAAUCAUACAAAAGGGUCGGGAUAACACUCGGAUCCCUAUUCCAUGGACUGAAGAUCCCCAUGGGGGGUUUACAGCGCCAACAGCCGAGCCAUGGUUGCCAGGUUUCGAUCACGGUCGAGAAUGGUGCCAUGCUAUUCAACAACACAGUCCCGAGUCAGUGUGGACAUUCUACCGCUCCGUGAUCCAUAUGCGAAAGUCAAACCCGACACUGUACUGCGGAUCAUAUGAAUGCCUGGACGUAGAAAACCCCAUCAUUUGGGCUUACAAGCGACGAUCCAAGCACAAGUGUUACCUGGUUGUUCUCAAUUUCUGCGGAUGCGCCUCGUCCUGGAACUAUGCGAAUCACGGUGUGGACUUGACGACAUCCAGGUUACUGAUAUCGAACCAUAUGACCAGCGAAGCAAGCUCUACCCCGGAUCUUAUUUUCCUGAGGCCUUUUGAAGGUCGUUUGUACCAAUUAUAA